AUGUCCGCACCAAACCAAGGUCGUCAAUCACCAGAUCCCGAACGCCAAACGGGUGCUCAGCAGCAAGCUCAUCCUUCCCAACCAGGCACCGGAAAGAUGGACAACUCCCAGGCAAAGAAUAAAGGCAAAGAAGACCAGACUGCCAACCUCGAGAGUAACCCGGUACACAUUCUUGCCGCCUCUGCCGAAGAGAAAACGAGUAAAUCUCGGAAAGAUGUUUGA